CGUGCACGCACCCUGGCCGGCCUGAAGCCAAAGAGGUGGAAUUUCGAAUCUCAAACCCGCAAGCCAGUUCCGUAAAUACCAUCUUGACCGUGAUUUCUGAGCGUCAGCAGAACGACGGCGCUCAAACGCCACCCCAGAGGCUCUCCUCGCGCUUGGGGAUGCCCUUGAGCCCAACAGCUUCGACCGCGACAAACCAUGGCUAGCGAGCAGAACUACGGCGUGACGCCGCCAAUCUCAGUCACUCUGCCCACCGAGGCGGAGAAUCGCGCCAGCGAUGCCCUCCUCGAGGAGCUCCGGCGCCAGAAGACGUUCGAGAGCCCGUCAGAUACCGAAAAGCGGCAUGAAAUCUGCAACGAAUUCGUCCGAAAAGUCGCCAGAGAAAGAGAACCCAAAAACGAGAUCCUCAUCAAGAACGCCAGGGGCAAAGUCUUCACCUACGGUAGUUUCCGCCUUGGUGUGUUCGGGCCGGGCUCGGAUAUCGACACGCUCAUCGUCGCGCCGAAAUACGUUACUCGCGAGGACUACUUCAACUACUUCCCCGACCUGCUCGUCUCAAUGGCCCCUCCCGGCGCCAUCACCGAUCUGACGGUCGUCAAGGACGCCUUUGUGCCCAUCAUCAAGUUCGAAUAUUCCGGCAUCAGCAUUGAUCUAAUCUUUUCUAGAAUCAUACAGAAGCAGAUAGCCCCCGAUUUCCAUAGUCUCAAAGACUCUAGCCUGUUGCGCGGUCUGGACGAGGCAGAGCUGCGAUCCCUGAACGGCACCCGAGUGACAGACGAGAUUCUCGAAUUAGUACCCGAGAAGAGCACGUUCAAGCUUGCGCUGCGAGCCAUCAAGCUAUGGGCACAGCGCCGAGCCGUAUACGCGAACAUCAUGGGCUUUCCCGGCGGUGUCGCCUGGGCGAUGCUGGUGGCCCGCGUCUGCCAACUGUAUCCCAAGGCUACCAUGUCGGUUAUCGUCAACAAGUUCUUCUUGGUCAUCGGCCAAUGGCGCUGGCCACAGCCCGUGCUGCUGAAGCCCAUCGAGGGCGGGCCUCUCCCUGUUCGCGUCUGGAACCCCAAGGUCUACAAAGGCGAUUCAUUCCAUCUCAUGCCCGUCAUUACCCCCGCCUACCCUUCAAUGUGUGCGACAUUCAACAUCACUCGAUCCUCGAUGACCAUUAUCCAGCGCGAGCUCCGCCGCGGUCUGGAGAUUUCCGAACAGAUCAUGGUGGGCAAGCGGCCGUGGAGCGACCUGUUUGUCAAGCACACCUUUUUCACCUCAGGCUACAGAUACUACAUCUCCGUAGUGUCUGCAAGCAAAGACAAGGAAGCGCACAAAGUGUGGUCGGGAUACGUCGAGUCCAAGAUCCGGAUGCUCGUGCAGAAGCUGGAACAGCACCCCUCGAUCGCACUUGCGCACGCCUUCAACAAAGGAUACGAUCGACGACACCUGUGCAGAAACGAACAGGAAAUUGGGCAAGUGCAAGAGGGUAGUCUCGAGUUCAUGAUCAAGGACUGGGACGACAACAAGCUCAACGGGGCAGCCAUCAAGCCAGAGAAAGUCGAGGGUGACAGCAAGCCUAAUGGGGCAGACAUCAUCCAGCCGGAGAAAGUCGAGGGCGAAAGCAAGCUCAGCGACAUACCCGUUAAACCAGAGAUGGACGAGGCCGAGAGCAAGCUCAGCGAAGUAGCCAUCAAGACAGAGACCAAGGACGGUUCUACAGAAUCUGUUUUCCCAGUCGAGGUCUACACCACUACUCACUACAUCGGCCUCGAGCUGGAAGAAGGCGCCAAAUCUCUCGACCUAUCGUAUCAAGUAGAUGAGUUCAAGGUACUGUGCACGUCGUGGAAAAAGUAUCAGGAAGACUUAGAACACUUGGUGUCUUUGGGCGUGCAGCACGUUCGAAACUUCAACCUCCCAGACGACGUCUUCGAGCCCGGAGAACAGAAGCCUCAGAAGAAGUCGAGCGCUAAGAGCCUUGCAAACAAGAAACGAGGCGCGCCAGAGGACAAUACUCCUCCGGCAAAGAGACAGCAAGCAUCGGUUGCAGCCGCCGGCUGAGGAGAACAGAUGCCAUCCGUGUCGUAUGAUUCGAGCCUUGAAAUCGUUUGGACACAUGCUUUCCUGGAUCUCAAGCUGACGUUAAGGAAGUGGGCGCCUCCGCUGCCCCCUACCCAUGAAGUCGUAAUCCUGGCUGGCUAUCGACCGGCAGCUGCCAUACGAUCUCGCCAGCAUGAUUUUGCAUUGUUCGUUCUUUCUUCUACCUUGUUCUUUUCUUAUCUCUUUACGUAUAUCGCCAUCUUCGAGGCAGACAUUCGAGGUACAU